GUUUACAAUUUGAUUUUCUUCUCUCCACUUUACGGCUUACCGCUGCGUCCGACGAACCCGUGACCCACACGCGCUGCGGCUUCGCGACGGUUUUUGUGUUCAUUCGUUUUUUUUAGCGCCUAACGAUCGCAAUAACGGUAAGUGUGCGAUUUGCAGCAGCCACAGUCACAUUCAAAUAAUACUACAGCUCACACACGGAAAGACCGCUAACAGACGUAUCUACGCAUAUCGCACACGCGUCUAUUAACAGUUACCCAGUACCACAACGAAAAUAAAAAAUGACCGUGGUCAACAUUAAGGACAGGGUGAAAAACAACAAGCUGAACUUGAGUGGUCUCAAUCUAACGGAGAUACCCACCAAGGAAAUCGCCCCAUUGAAAGUCUCUCACCUGGACUUGUCCAACAAUAAAAUCACUUCAACAGACAAUGUUUUUUCAUCAUUGCCCAGUCUGGUGAAGCUUGAUCUAUCCAGCAAUCAGAUUAAGAGUGUGGCUGGUGAUAUUGGUUCAUUGCAAAAACUCGCUUACCUGUCGUUAGCCAACAACAAAAUCAAAGAUUUACCUAAGGGUUUGAGUAAGCUCAAACAAUUGAAACAUUUGAACUUAAGCAACAACCCAUUGAAACCAGAACUUAUUGAAGCUGUUGGACCAUCACAAAAUAAUGCACAAUGCCAGUCAGCAGCUGCCAAUGCUAUACAGUAUUUGAAGGGUGAUUCCAAAAAACAAGAUGAUAAACAAAAUAAAAAGAAGGAUAAGAAAAAUAGCAAAGCCUCGCCAAAUGGUGUACAAAACGAUAAGUCAAAAAAUAAAACCAAGCCCAAAAAGAAACCAGCUGGUUUUAUAUCUAAAGUUUUUGGAUUCUUUGGCAUGCUCAUUUCAUACACACUUUUGUUUGCGGUGUUGAUUGGUUUGUCUUUGUAUGCCUUGUCAUACUAUGACAAGAAAGCAUAUGGUAAUGUCAAGGCUAAGAUUUUGCCUAUUUGGGGAUCAGUUACAUCAAAUUUAGACCCGAAAGUAGCUUCUAAAGUCAACUAUUAUCUGCUACAAGCUGGGACUUCUUUUGAUCGUGCGGUCCAUACAAGUAUUGAGGCAUCUAUUAAAUCAUACAAAUGGGUUAAAACAAAUCCAACUGUACAGCAGUAUGCUAAUAAUUUUCAAGACUCUUGGCAAUCUUUUUGGGAUAGUGUAUUCAAGAAAACAAAAUCUACGUGAUCCGUGAGAUAGAUU